GUUUUUUUGUGUGUAUCUUUUUCUUCUUAUAUCUUAUAGUCAGUCAGUCCAUGUCUAAUGUAGAUAUAAAAUACAAGAAAAAGCUCGGAUAGGAAGCUUACAAAGAUUUGCGAUCAUAUAAAGUUGUUGUUUGGGCGAUCGGUACGUCGUUGUAACGUAGUUGGUAUCCGCAUUUGCUUACUUUUCUAUUGAUUAAUGCGUUAAGCGUGCAGAGCAGAGUAUCACCGCAAGCCGAAAAGUGCAAACCCAACGCCGGAAAAAAUAAAAAUCUUUUUACAAUAGUUGAGUGCGAACCAUCGCGUUAAAAAGACGCGUUUUUUUUUUUUUUUUUUUUUUUUUUGUAAAGAAAACAAUUCUUUUUGAAUACAAAAAAAAACUGAUUUCAAUAGUUAGAAUAGGAAAAAUUGUAGUGAAAUUUGUGUGAAGAUUCGGAUAAAAAAAAAAAAAAAAAAAAAAACCGUAUCAAUGAAUAUCAUGAAAUUUUUUUGGUUACUCUGCUUAAUGCAGAGACAGCUUAGUUUGGGUUUGGCCUGGAAGCCCAUAGUUGGCCAGCCUGUUGCGCCGGUUUUAGCAAAUUCUAAGGCGACUUCAGCAACAUAUACAAGUGCGUUUAGUCUUCAACAAACUCAUCCCGAGUAUGGCAGUGAAUCAACCGCUUUCGCGGCUAUCGAAAGCAAAGAUUUGUCUAAUCAGGAUUCGCUUGCAGCGCAAUUAGCAGUGCCUGUGCCUUCAUCCACUGCCGUAUUAGCUGAUAAAAUAUUAACAGUUAAAACGCCUCAUCCAUCAUUAAUUAUACCCCCCGCUAUCAAUUUUGAAGAUGCAAAAUUUGGCUAUCAAUCGUUGGCCUUCUCCGGGGAUCAAUGCGCUGUUGAAAAAUAUGCUUUCAAUCAUGAUGGUAUCGUUGAAUACAAUAACAAAAUGCCAGAACUGAAGCAAUUCACGAUUUGCUUUUGGAUGCGUUUUACAAACCAUAGCGGUGAUCACGUCGUAUUAACAUACAGCGUUAAAGAUGAUUCGCGCGCCUUUCAAUUUUGGGUCGCAAAUUCGAAAAAUUCUAGUUUUAUAUCGAUGGCUAUAAAAGGUCAACAAAUGUACAGACUUAAUUAUCCAUUACGGGUUCGUCAAUGGCAUCAUACUUGCACUUCGUGGAAUGGCAAAACUGGUGAAUGGCAGGUAUGGCUAAAAGCAGAACGUAUCGGACGCGGUUUCCAUAACUCGCUAGUGAAUCAUAAGAUACGUGCGGGUGGAAAACUGUUCUCGGGCGGUCCCUCAGUCACUGGUAAGGUUGCCGAAGGCUUACACUUCGAAGUGACCUUGAUACAAAUCUAUCGUAUCGCUUUAAGUGCUGGCAAGGCCCAUCGUGAUCACAAGCAUCAUCAUGCUCAUCAUUUUGAUCACGAUGGCAGAGAAAUACAACGUACCACGCGACCUCCACCACCAGCGAUUAACCGUCCUCAGUCAAUGCACAGUUUGCUGGCCAACGGACAGAUACCGACUAGGGUGCGCAUUAAUUUGGCUCAGCCGGUACAGAAACCAAAUAUGCCAGCAUCGAAUUCGUUAAGCGAUCAACCUUUAAGUAUAAACACAAAUUUUGUUAAUGGUCAGAUUAAUUCCGGUUCACGUUUGGUAGCGCAACAGCUAAUCGGUUUGAAUCAAAAUUUUGAUUCCGGCCCUCAAACCAGUCAUACAUUUAACCACCAGGCCGUUUACAAUCCGAAUUCCAAUGCGAACUCGAAUGUGCAGUUCAUAGAUGAAACGGAAACUCGCAUUCUAUUUAAAAGAAACGUCGUCGAUUUGAAGAAGAAAAAGUUUAAGAAAAGAUCGACUACCGCCGAGAAAGAUGGUAAAAUCGUGAAGAAGAGAGGUCUAGUUCUAUUGGACAACGGCAGUGUUUUAGAUGAUCCCCUGCUCGCCGAUGGUAAUCAAUUCAAAUUUGAUGGUUUGGCCGAUUUCGGUGGUCAACAGUUUAAAAACUAUUUGACUGGACAUGGAAAAGAGGAUAUUGAAGACGAGAUCUCAGAACAUGAUCGCGAGCCCGCCGAAGACGAAGUGAAAGCGGUAAUGUCCUUGUGCAGUCUAUGUGAAAUUGAGCCCUUUGAAGGCGCUAUAGUAUUCGCAUGGAAAGGAGGCCACGAACAGCUGGAUAAUGCUCUUAAAGGAUAUAGUGUGGGUGGUUGUGGCGAAUUCUAAAAACAAAUCAAAAAGCAAAAAGCAAAAAACAAAAGUAUUUUCUAUUAAAAGACGACGAGCUAUUCAUUUUUGUACAUAUAUAUAUUUUCAUUUAUUUCUUUUGUAAAAAGUGUUUUUGCAAGUCUUUCACGACUAGUCAGGGAAAGAGGAAAUCUUUUUUUUUUUAUAUUUUCGUUUUUGAAACGUACAAGUUUUUAUUAUUUG